GUGUACACACUACUCACUUAGUAACUAGUAGCAUGCCUCGGGAUCUACCCGGAACCUAGUAGAACGCGGAUGUGCGACGGAAGUAAAAGGCCGGAUGUAUAUCUACGUAGUCCUAAUCCUAUCGAAAACAGGCAGACGAAUGUACCCGCAAUAAUUCUAGCAGUGUAAGCAACGCAAGCCCAAGGCAGUCUAUUAUAAAGCAUUCUGCAUAGAGCUACACAUCAUUUCCAGCCUGCAUAGAGGAUAGAUCAUGGAGAAAUAGACAGCAUGCGUGCAGAUACACAGAAACAGAAACCAACGCCUGGCGUGUCCCUAUUCGCCGGGAGCAUUGCGGGUGCUGUCGAAGCCACAGCCACAUAUCCAUUCGAGUUCGCGAAGACCAGAGUGCAGCUACACGGCCAGUCCGGCUCGCGAAACCCCUUCAAAAUCAUCACGCAAGUCGCACGGACGGAGGGCAUAGGGGCUGUAUACACAGGAUGCUCGACGCUGAUUAUUGGCACUGCAUUCAAGGCCGGAGUGCGAUUUCUCGGCUUCGAUUCGAUACGAAAUACGCUCGUGGAUGAAAAGGGGAAGUUGUCUCCGAUGCGAGGGAUUUUUGCCGGUAUGGUGGCAGGAUGUGUUGAGAGUGUUAUUGCUGUGACGCCGACGGAACGCGUGAAGACGGCGCUAAUUGACGACGCAAAGGGCGCCAGAAGAUUUCGAGGAGGCUUCCAUGCCAUUGGCAUAAUCGUCCGAGAGAACGGCGUCCGCGGUCUAUAUCGAGGUCUCUUUUCAACGACCUUGAAGCAAGGAUCAACGUCAGCUGUACGCAUGGGUUCGUACAACGUCCUCAAAGACUUUGCUGUCAACUUGAGUCUGCCGCAGAAUAGCGUGACGACUUUUGGAGUUGGUGCUGCGGCAGGUGUUGUGACCGUCUACGCGACGCAGCCGUUCGAUGCAACCAAGACUCGUACGCAGAGUACUCAAGGAGCGACUACUGUUCAGGCAGUGAGAGAUAUUCUGUCCUCUUCUGGUAUCCGAGGGUUCUGGUCUGGCAGCACGAUGAGGCUCGGGAGAUUGGUGUUUAGUGGUGGUAUUGUCUUCACAGUGUAUGAGAAGAUUACAGCUGCCUUGAUGUAUGCAAGGACAGAGACUGUGUUGAUGUAGGAGAUAUCACAUUAUGGAAUGUUACGAGGAAGUUGUGUUCAGUGUUCGGCUGGGUAGGUGCUUUUGCUAAGCAUUCCACUUGUAACACCGCAAUGAGGAGCUAGAUGGUUGACCAAUAUCCAUCAAGACCUAGUACCUGCCUGAAAGGUGCGAUGCUU